CCUCUGAGACUACCCCCCACUCCACUCACCGUGCCGCCAUCUUUCAAGUUCCCACUGGAUAGAUGCAUGUCACUACCACUCUCUCAGAGCACACCAUCUGGACUCGAUCAAGUGGGAUGGAUGAAAAUGAAACUGAUGAGCACAGGGGAGGAAGAUCUUGGCUCAAAGACUUUGGAAGUUCGAAGAGACAGCAGGAAGGGAAGAAGAUGGAAGCCUAUAAAUCUUGAGUCACAUCAGCUUCCAGUGCACCAGCUGAUCAGCGGUGGAUCUAUUGUAAGUGCUGAGGCAGCAUGGGAUCACGUCACCAUGGCCAACCGGGAGUUGGCAUUUAAAGCUGGAGAUGUCAUAAAGGUCCUGGAUGCUUCCAAUAAGGACUGGUGGUGGGGUCAGAUAGAUGACGAGGAAGGAUGGUUUCCUGCCAGCUUUGUGCGGCUCUGGGUAAACCAAGAGGAUGGCGUGGAAGAGGGCACCAGCGAAGUGCAGAAUGGGCAUCUGGACCCAACUUCCGACUGCCUAUGUAUUGGCAGGACACUUCAGAAUCGGGAUCAGAUGAGGGCCAAUGUCAUCAAUGAAAUCAUGAGCACAGAACGCCACUAUAUCAAGCACUUGAAAGAUAUAUGUGAGGGUUACUUAAAGCAGUGCAGGAAACGGAGAGACAUGUUCAGUGAUGAGCAACUGAAGGUCAUCUUCGGUAACAUUGAGGACAUCUACCGGUUCCAGAUGGGCUUUGUCAGAGACCUUGAAAAGCAGUACAAUAAUGAAGAGCCACAUCUCAGUGAAAUAGGACCAUGCUUUCUAGAACACCAAGAUGGGUUCUGGAUUUACUCAGAGUACUGCAAUAAUCACUUGGAUGCCUGCAUGGAGCUCUCUAAGCUGAUGAAGGACGGCAGGUAUCAGCAUUUCUUUGAAGCGUGCCGACUACUGCAGCAAAUGAUCGACAUUGCAAUCGAUGGGUUUCUCCUGACUCCCGUGCAGAAGAUUUGCAAGUACCCGCUUCAGCUGGCUGAGCUUCUUAAAUACACAGCACAGGAUCACAGCGAUUACAGGUAUGUCGCAGCAGCUCUAGCUGUCAUGAGGAACGUCACUCAACAGAUCAAUGAACGUAAGAGAAGACUGGAGAAUAUUGACAAAAUUGCACAGUGGCAAGCAUCAGUCCUGGACUGGGAGGGCGAUGAUAUUCUGGACAGAAGUUCAGAACUUAUCUAUACGGGGGAGAUGCAAUGGAUUUACCAGCCAUAUGGACGCCAGCAACAGAGAGUGUUCUUCCUAUUCGAUCACCAGUUGGUUCUAUGUAAAAAGGACCUAAUCCGGAGGGACAUUCUAUACUACAAGGGCCGAAUGGACAUGGAUAAAUAUCAAGUCAUAGAGGUAGAUGAUGGGCGUGAUGAAGACUUCAACGUGAGUGUGAAGAAUGCCUUCAAAUUGCAUAACAAGGAAACUGAGGAAAUGCACCUUUAUAUUGCCAAGAAGCUAGAGGAGAAGCUGAGGUGGCUGCGUGCCUUCCGGGAAGAAAGGAAAAUGGUGCAGGAAGAUGAGAAAAUUGGAUUUGAAAUUUCUGAAUAUCAGAAGAGGCAAGCAGCAAUGACUGUGCGGAAAGUAAGCAAACAGAAAGCUGGCGUCAGCUGUCCACGCUCGGUCCCUCCAGCAUACCCGCCGCCUCAGGAACCAGGGGCAAUUCAAGGACAGUAUAUGGUGACCGAUGGCAUAAACCAGCCACAAGUUUUUGAAUUCACUGAACCCAGGAGAAGUCAAUCCCCAUUCUGGCAAAACUUCAGCAGGUUGACGCCUUUCAAAAAAUAAUACAAAAAUAUAUAAAUAUAUAAAUAUAUAUUGAGAAAGGAGAAUUAAAAUAGAAAAAUAAAUUAUAUUUAUAGAUGGACCUUUUUUCGGAAAAGCACUGUUGCAACUAUACUAUGAAAGGACCAAAUACAAACAUAGCAAACAAGACAGGAAAACUAACUUUAAACAGUUUUUGUUUCCUCAAAAAGUUACAUUUUUUCCCCGUCAGACUACAGGAGCUGCUCUGCUUUUGAAAAGCUCCAUAAAACAUUUCCUCUCUCUUAAGAGUUCGGUCAUAGUCACAAAACUCUCGCUGUUUCUUUCCUUGGACUCUGGGACUUCUCUUGCUUUCCGUGAUAGUGACCACUAAUGUUUUUGGAUUACUUGGUGGAAAUUGCACAUUUUGCUCAAAGAACAUUCUCUCUGAUUAAGAGAGAAAACAUACAGUGGUUAAUGGAAAGCACCCUAAGUAAAACACACAACCUGCUUUCAUUUCACGAUAUUCACUCUACAUGCACAUCAACACCUCCACAUCCAGUGAGGCUGUCAUUUGGUUGUUAGUCCUUCUGGCCUUGAAGGAGUUGUCUUUGCUUCAUCCACAUUGCUUCCAUAAGAGAAACCAUUUUGAAAGUGGUCAAAUUCUCAACCAGCGAAGCACUCCUGCAAAAGAAGCAAAAGGGGAAAGUUUACAGAGUGUGAAAGUCUGGUUACAGGCUAUGAGAACCGACUGGAAAUGCAUACCGUGUGAAGUCAGAAAGACAGCUGCCUGUGUAUUUAUCUACAAUUCUUGUGUAAAUCUAUGUUUUUGCAGGAGGUGUAAAAAUGCAGGAUGGGAAGAAGUUAGCUUCUUGCUUGUAUAUUGAUCCUCCCACUGUCUUAGCGGUGCCAGAGCUCUGUAGUUCCUGUUGAGUCUGCUAGCUACUGUGCAGUCUAUCUAUUGCUUUACUUGUUCCAUAAAUAUUCCGGGAUAGGAUGAAAGUCCAUCAAACAGGGAUUAUUAGAGUUUUUUUUUUUUUAACAUAAUGACUAUUUAUUUUCUGUUCGUUCCAAAGAGUCUUUCUUUUUUUUUUUCUAUUCGAAUAUUUUUUU